AUGUCACAAGUAUCGAACCUCACAAUAUUAUCAUCAUCUAUUCCAACAAAUUUAUACAGAUAUGGCGGACCUAUUUUAAUGAUUAUGGGCACAAUUGGUUCUAUGCUCAGUUUAACCGUUUUCGCAAAAAAGAAUCUACGUAAAAAUCCUUGUUCAAUCUACUUUAUGGCAUUUAACAUCGCUAAUUUGUUCUUAAUUUACUUAUCCUUAUUCAUCACAGUAUUAGCACUUGGUUAUAACAUAAAUCCUAGUUUGUACAAUCGAACUUUUUGUCGUUUUCGUUUAUAUGCAGCGGCGCUAUUUGACGUACUGAGUCCAUCGUAUCUAAUCUUAGCAUCAAUUGAUCGGCUAUUGAUUACUUCCCAUUGUGUCCGAACACGGCAUAGAAGUACGCCUCGUCUCGCUUAUCUAUGCAUUCUUUCUGUGACUUUGUUUUGGUGUUUAAUACAUAUUCAUACAUUGAUUUUUACAGAUAUUAUUGAACCAAUGCCAAAUGUUAUUAUUUGUUACUUUCAGCCUGGUAUUCAUUUGAUGAUUACCAGUUACUAUUCAAUAAGUAUUAAAGGAAUUCUUAUACCUUUGCUGAUGAUUAUUUUUGGGCUUUGGACGCACAGAAAUAUUCGAGCUACAAGGGUGCAUCCGACCCAUCCGAAAGAUAGACAACUGAUUCGACUGUUAUUGACUGAUGUAAGUGUUUACAUCGUGUUUAGUUUGAUGAUAUCGAUCGUUCUUAUGUAUCAACAUCUGUCGAGUCGAUCGAGAACUGAAAUAACUUUCACGAACAUUCAAAUGCAAUUAUUUCUUGUUAGUAUUGCAUUGUUCAACUCUUACAUUCCAUAUUCCAUUGUAUUUUAUACAAAUCUAUUAGUAUCGAAAUCUUUUCGACAAGAAGUCAGAAGUGUAUUUAAAUAA